UACAAUUCUCCUCCUGCUGCUGAGGAAAAUUUUGCCUCUAGUAAUAAAGGACGCUAUCGGAGCUAAGGGGUGUGGUCAGUUAGACAACAUGGAUGGUGGACUCUUAUGCCUCAAGUGGAGAGAUCACCGCUCCACAUUCUUCCGCAUGCUCUCAUCUGUUAGAAAAAAAGAGGUUUACUGUGAUGCCACCAUAGCCUGUGAUGGACGGUUCUAUCCUGUUCACAGGCUGGUUCUCUCCACCUGCAGUGAAUACUUUGAACGUAUGUUUGAAGUGGCAGACAAGCAACACCUCAUGAUCGUGUUGGCAGAUAUACAACGUGAAGACUUAGAGACCCUCUUGGACUACAUGUAUAUAGGCGAGGUCAACGUCUUACAGAGCGAUCUGUCGGGGUUCAUGAAGGCUGCCGAGCGCCUCAAGAUCAAAGGCUUGGCAGAACCUACAGACACAAUUACCAGAAAGGAAGGUGUCGACGGCAAGAGGAGCCUCCCGCAGAAGGAGGACAACUGGGAGGUGAAGCGCAGAAAACAGAAUGAUGAGGUCCCUCCAUAUUCCAAAGCUGAGGUUAAGACUUGUCCGCGCGGCUCAUCCCCAACCAAAGCGAGUAAGGAAUCAUAUAAUGAACCCAAAAGAGGAAGAGAUCAAACAGCAGGACUUGGCAAGACUAACAGUAUUGUGACAUCACCAACUCCUGGGAUUGUCUCCCCUGCUCAAUUAGCAUCAGCUGAAUUGGGUGCUGAGACUCGGACAGACUCGGGGCCCGAUCCACUGCCUGCGGUACCAAGGGGUCCCGAAAGUACCGUUAGUCAUGACGGGGAAGUGACCGACUGUGACAGCACUCAG